CUUUUAUUAAAUUUUAUUUUUCUUAAAUAACAAUGAAUUACUCUAGUAAUAAUUAUGGCUUAUCCUCUAACAUGGAAAACAGGAAACAAGCCGUUAUGGACCAAGUCAGAAACGAAUUGGCGCUUGCUAACGCACAAGAACUUAUUAACAAAAUCAAUGAAAAAUGUUUCUCUAAAUGUAUUACGAAGCCAGGAAAUAAGUUAGAAAGCAGUGAACAGACUUGUGUUGCUAAAUGUAUGGAUCGUUAUAUGGAAGCAUGGAACAUUGUAUCUAGAGCUUAUAUUAGUAGAGUUCAGAGAGAGAGUAAUUCUCAAGGAGAAAGUUUAUGAGAAUUAUAUAAGUUAUUUAUUAGCAGAACUCUGAGCAAAAAUUAAUGAAAAAUCUAUUACCAUCCAUUAAUAACUGAUUCUUUUUUAAGAAUAUUAUACAUUCAUCCUAUUUUGUAUAUAAAAGUUAAAAAAAGCUCAUCAUUAUAUUCUU